AUGGUACAAAAAUGGUCAAAAUCAUACGAAAGAAGUCUCAAACAAUUUCAUGAUCAACAAACGGUGACAUUAGAUAUAUGGACUAAAAAUGAAAUUGAAUUUUACAUAACAGGUGGUCAACAAUUAAGUAUUUCAAAAAACGAAAUUGAUGUAAUGAAAAAAAUGAAGUGGUAUUCGUUCGACCAAUAUAAAGCAAAAGCAUUUAAUAUCUGGCACGUGAUAUUACCAAUGGAUUUAGCAAAAUGGUUAAAUGGUCAAUGUAAUUGUCCAGUAUAUUUCAAGAAGUUCAUGUGUAAACAUAUCGUUGGAAUGGCAAUCCGACUCAAUUAUUCUAAACCUCCACCUACUGCAAAAAACUUUCCAAUAGGAAAAAAAAGACGUAGAGGUCGACCCUCAAAAGCUAAAAAAGCAUUACUUAUUCAAUAA